UACAAGUAUACAUCACCGCCGUCGACGUCGUUUGAGAAGCUGUUUUUGGAGCGAUGGUGGACGUACGUCGUCGAACGGUGGUGUCCGCUGUGGGUGGCGCCGAACGCGUUGACGUUCGGCGGAUUAAUGUUGGUGAUGGUGACGUACGCGUUGUAUUGGACGCACACGCCAGUGCUGGCGCACACCGCGCCGUCGUGGAUGUACGCGGUGAGCGCUGUUUUAAUGUUUGCGUAUCAGACGGCGGACGGCAUCGACGGUAAGCAAGCGAGACGAACGAAGAGCGGGUCGCCGUUGGGAGAAGUCGUCGAUCACGGAUGCGAUGCGAUUUGCACGUGCGUGUACGGGAUUAUUUUCGUU